GCUGAGACAUCUGGAAGGACCUAGGAGUUGAACUGCUGUUCCUUUGCUUCAGAAGAAGCCAGUUUAAAUGGUUUUGGAAUCUGAUUAUGAGGCCUCCUGGAAGCCUUUCUCGUCCAACUGGGAGGAGACCCCGGGACUGGAGGAAUUACAUAUCCCAUCUGGCCUGGGAAUGUCUUGGGAUCCCCAGGAUGAGCUGGAGUACAUGGCUGGACAAGAAAGACGAAUGGACUUGUUGCAGAGGCCCUCGGAAAUGUCAGAAAAUGGAUUGGCAGGAUGACUAGAAAUGACAAAGCCAUGAAAAUAAGACCAAAGUGGUGUGAAGCUGGAAUUCCCCACUACGUUUCUGUAUAGAUAUGCGUGCUACACAAGAGCAAGGUGCUGCUGAUUCACGUUGUACCUCGGGCCACAAUGCACCAACUGUGCUGUGCGCUCAAAACCCGGCAAUGUUUACACAAUAAUCAGAUCACUGUUGAUAAGAUGUUUCGAGGAACGCUCUAUUAGUAUUCCUUUUUCAUGCCUGACUAAUAACUGACAGCUCCCACGACCACUUAGUGCUACAAUAUCAGUUCACCCUCCAGAUUCCACCUCAAACAUGAUGUUGUGCUGCUGUGUGUAACCUUUUGGCUAUGUUUAUUUAAGGAUAUACCGAAAUAUAUUGUUUUACAACUUGGGUCUUAUUCUUGUUGUUUUGUGUGCCAUUUCUAAUAAUAACAAGGAAUAUUGUAAUAACCAAGCUAAUUGCUGAGAUCUGGGAACAUAUCAACAUCGGUAAAGAUUAGUCAAUGGGUUAAGAAACUGUAUAUAGACUUCCCUCUCCUGUGCAAAAGUGAAGCCAAAAUAGUCCAGAUAUGGCCGCUGCCAUCUUAAACCAAGCCCAGCCACAGCUUGAUUCCUGAUGAUAAUGAUAAUAUCUCUAUAAAUACAUGAAGGAUCAAACUGAUGCAUGUUCUGUUACACAGACUCGGGAUUCGUCAAACUGCUGACACUGAUAUGAACACACACGCCAGUCCACAGUGCUGGCUAGCCUUACUGUCAGUGGAAACUUUGCUAAGCUAGUUAGUUUAUGUCUAUGUUUGAAACAGACAAUCGGUUAUUUAAGAUAUACUCAAAAUGACAGAAACCAUCUUUGGGGAGAAUGUAUUUGAUGUGUACUUUUGGCCCAUGUCCCAUCUGCUCAUGUGAAGGGGGCGGGGUUUAUCACGUAUACUGCGGCCAGCCACCAGGGGGCGAUCGAUAUGUUUUGGCUUCACUUUUGGGGGAGCCUCAUGUCAACCAUUUUUAUAUUCAACCUAUGAGUCAGACCAUCAGACAGGUUAGUCAAACAAAAAAAGAGUUAGCCAGCUGCUAGCCCUCUGUGGUGUCAAAGGAGACACUGAAGUGGCCUUGUUCUGGAUAAAUACCUCUUCCACUUUUACUGUGGAGUCUUCUGAAUUAUUAAAUGCAAUAUCUACAUAUAUGAGCCUAUUGUUUUGAAGAAAAUUAAUGUAGGUGCUGCACACAAUCUAAUAAUGCGUGUGUGUGUGUUUCAGACCGUGGAAAGGGAAGGCAGAGACAGGCCAUUUUAGGAGAACACCCAUCGUCCUACAGUGAUAACGGCUACGGUUCACCCUGCCCCCUGCUGCCUCUGCCUGGCAACAGCAGGUACAAGCUGACCUCAGCGGACGUUCCAGACAUGGUGUCCUAUCCGCUGCCCCAGUCCUCCUCCUCAUACUCUGCCCAGACCCCCAGCUCCGUUGCCAUGGUUAGCGGCCUCCAUUCAUCCAAGAUGAACUGCACCCGCAUCUUCAACCUCUUCUGCCUGUACGGCAACAUUGAGAAGGUAAAGUUUAUGAAGAGUGUUCCUGGCACAGCGUUGGUUGAGAUGGGAGAUGAGUAUGCUGUGGACAGAGCCAUCACACACCUCAACAGCAUCAAGGUGUUCGGCAAGAGACUCAAUGUCUGUGUGUCGAAGCAGCACGCAGUGAUCCCCAGCCAGGUGUUCGAGUUAGAGGACGGCAGCAGCAGCUACAAGGACUUUGCCAUGACGAGGAACAACCGCUUCAGCAGCGCCGGACAGGCCUCCAAAAACAUCAUCCAGCCUCCGUCUGCAGUGCUGCACUACUACAACGUCCCUCCGUGCAUAUCACAGGAGCAUUUACUGAAGCUGUGUACGGAGCAUGACGUGCCUGGCUUCGUCAAAUUCAAGAUGUUUGAUGCCAAACGUAAGUAGAACUUCAUUGUGAGAUGUUUUAUUAGGUUCUUGUUAGAGCUCAGAGGACUUUUGUAGCCUGUGAAAAGGAUUCAUUUGACUGCUCCUACCCCACUGUGUCACCAAGAUAUAUAUAUAUAACAAGAUAUUGUUAUUUUAUAUUACUAUUGAUGACCAAAACUGCAAGAAAUCUGAAGUCAUCAUCGGCCCAAAACACCAAACACACCAACUGCUUCUCCAUCGAUGGCUCCGCUGUCUCCCCUUCCUCCAACAUCCGCAACCUUGGAGUCAUUUUUGUAUCAAUCCUUUCAUUUGAAUCCCACAUCAACCACUUUAUCAAAACAGCUGUUUUCAUCUCAAAAACAUUGCCGGCAUCCGCCCAUCCCUCUCCUUUUCUGCUGCUUUUCCUCAUUCAUCGCCUCGAGGCUCGACUACUGCAGUAGCCUUCUUUUUGUUCUUCACUCCAAACUCCUCAAAAAGCUUCAUUACGUUCAAAAGUCAGCUGACCCAGAUGCUUACACACACUAGCUCCAGAGAACACACCACCCCUGUCCUCCAGAACCUCCGCUGACUCCCUACAGAACAUCGCAUCCAUUUCACACUCCUCAUCACCGACAAAACUCUGCAUAACAUGGCCCCCUCCAACCUAUCCGCACUGCUUAAAUGGCCCCCUC